AUGUCUACUUCAAACCAUUGUCAAGAAUCUUCUGAUUCUUUAUUGUCCUUUAAAGAAUUCACCCAUCUCAAAUUGAAGACGCAAACAUGGUACGUCAUUGGAUUAUUCCAGACUGAUAGGCUUGGCGCUAAACACAUCGCCAAACAUUACCAAUCAACAAGUAAUUCAUCCGACCCUACUCCAACAUUUGAUUAUCUAAAGACGUGUUAUGUCGAAGAUAAAAGGAUACCAAAAGGAGUUCACAACUUGCUUGUGGAUCUCGCUACGAAUGAGUUGAAAAGCGUCGGAAAUACCAAUGAACAAUCAAUUGAUUUACCUGUCACUACCGCUACUGAAGAAGAAGAACAACAAGCACAACAAGAACAACAAGAACAACAAGAACAAGAACAAGAACAAGAAGAAGAACAACAAGAGCAACCAGAACAAGAACAACCAGAAGAACAACAACAAGAACAACAACAAGAACAACAACAAGAACAACAACAAGAACAACAACAACAAGAAGAAGAACAACAACAAGAAGAAGAAGAAGAAGAACAACAACAACAAGAAGAAGAACAACAACAAGAAGAAGAACAAGAACAAGAAGAAGAACAACAGCAACCAGAAGAACAAGAACAACAAGAAGAACAAGAACAAAAGAACAACAACAACAACAACAACAACAAGUUGUUGUUGUUGUUGUUGUUGUUGUUGUAUAAGAAGAAGAAGAACAACAAGAACAACAAGAACAAGAAGAACAAGACGAACCAAAGCAACAACAAAUUCAAGAACAAGAAGAAGGAGAAGACAAAGAACCAAAACAAGGACAAGAACCAGAACAAGAAGAGCAAGGCUAUGAAAGAGUUGGAAAGCAUCAAUAAUACCAAUGAACAAACAAUUGAUUUACCUGUCACUACCGCAACGGAAGGUGAACGACAACAAGCACAACAACAGCAAGCACAACAACAAACACAACAACAGCAGCAAGAAGAAGAAGGAGAAGAAGAAGAAGAAGAAGAAGAAGAACUAAUUAUCAAGCCAUCGUUGCGAACUAAAAUUCAUAUUAAGUUGCACAAUUCGAAGUUGAAUUGCAAAACGAUCCGAAAAAAUUGUGCCAAAGAAAUGAAGAAAUUUUGGAGGUUCAUAGCUAGAAAGCCUGUACCAGAUAAUGUGGAGACUGACGAAUUAGCCAGUCAAGAAGAAAGUUGUGGUGAUGUCUCGGGGAGUCAGAACCCGCUUGAAGAUAUAAGUAUUGGGUAUAUAUAUCCUCUCCAACAUCCUAUUAGAAAGAAGAAAAAGUUGAAUGGAAACGUCAUUGGUAUUGAUCCAAUUAGUGUAUCCCCUUCCACCGCUCCUACUGUUGCUAACAAAAAAACAUCCAAAUUGGGUUUUUUUAAAAAAUUAUUUACUAAGACUAAAGCCGACCGUUCUUUCAAGUUGUUGAGGGUUAGGGUACAUGUGGUCGAUCAAAGCAAGGGUAUUGAUGAGUAUAUCGAAGUAUAUAACCAUGGUGAAACUACUCCCCCACCCCCACGUCCACCAAUACCAGGAUUUUUGAAGGCUGCUGCUGGAUCAGCUCCUCCUCCACCUCCUCCACCUCCUCCACCUCCACCAACACCUCCAUUGCGUGCUGGAGAUUGCACCACCACUGAACUCCUCCAGCUGCUCCGUCGCAUCGAACGCCACCGUCAACGCCAAGAUUUACGGAACUGA